AUGAGGAAUCAGACACUUCUGAGAAUCUUCUUGCUCCUAAGACUAACGGACAGCAGGGCGCUGCUGGGGCUGCAGGCCACCCUCUUCUCCCUAGUCUACCUGGUGACCAUGCUGGAGAACCUGACCAUCCUCCUCCUCACAGUUCUCGACCACCGCCUUCAUACUCCCAUGUACUUCUUCCUCAGGCAUCUGUCCUGCUUGGACCUGUGUCUCAUCUCCACUACAGUUCCCAAAACUAUUGUCAACUCUGUCACCUUCAGCGACUCCAUCUCUUUCUUGGGAUGUGUGUCUCAGCUCUUCCUCGUGGUCCUGAUGGCAGGGUCAGAGAUGGGAAUCCUGACUGCCAUGUCAUAUGAUCGCUAUGUUGCCAUCUGCCAUCCUCUGAACUAUGAGGCUGUCAUGAGCAAAGGGUGCUGUGUCCAGUUGGUGGCUGUGUCCUGGCUCAGUGGAGUGGUGUUUGGGAUUUUGUACUCAGCUGGGACAUCCUCCCUAGAGUUCUGUGGCUCCAACCAGAUUCACCAGUUUUUCUGUGAUGUCCCAUCCCUACUAGAGCUCAGUUGUUCUGAAGAGCAUGCUGUCAUCAAUGUCAGUGUGGUCCUUGGGGUUUUUUAUGCAUUCUCAUGUUUGGUUUGCAUGGUGGUCUCCUAUGUGUUUAUUUUCUCUGCUGUGUUGAAGAUCUCAUCCAGGCACAGCCAGUCCAAAGCCUUCUCCACCUGCCUGCCCCACCUAGUGAUUGUAGGGACCUUUUUCCUCUCGGGUGCUGUUGCUUAUCUGAAGCCUGCCUCCAAAGCUUCUCCUACUGGGGACUUGCUAUGCUCUGUGCUCUACUCUGUGGUGCCUCCUGUCUUGAACCCCAUUAUCUACUGCCUGAGGAACAGGGACAUUCGGUCAGCCAUGGAUAAAGUGCUAAGGAAAGUGAGAAGGGGACUAAUAGGAAAUUGA